UCUACACACGCGUCCACAUCACUCAGUCAAUGGAUUACACCUUCUCUCUCCAAGUGCAACACCAGCUGACCGUGUCCCAAACGCACUUAUAUCAGGGCUACAGCUUAGAGUUACAGAUGAAGUCAAAAGAGGUGGACCAGGGCCUUUUCACAAACAGUUACUGCAAAGUGUGCAGCGCUCAGCUCAUCUCAGAGUCACAGAGAGUGGCACAUUAUGAGAGUCGGAAACAUGCAAACAAAGUGCGUCUGUAUUACAUGUUGCACCCGGUGGAUGGAGGAUGUCCAGCUAAGAAGCUCAGAACAGAUGAUGGCAGUGAGGAUGGAGACGUGGACAAAAACAAGUGCUGUACACUGUGUAAUAUGUCCUUCACUUCAGCAGUGGUAGCACAAUCUCAUUAUCAAGGCAAGAUCCACGCCAAGAGGCUCAAACUUCUGCUGGGUGAACAGCCUGCCAUAACAGCCAAAGAUGUGCCACCUAGUCCAGUGAAGACACCUUCAUCAGAAAGCUCCCCUGUGAGCUUGACACGUCAGCACCGGGAUUCUGAUCGCUACUGUCAGCUGUGUAAUGCUUGGUUCAACAACCCUGGAAUGGCACAGCAACACUACGAUGGCAAAAAGCACAAGAAGAACGCAGCACGAGCAGACCUGCUGGAACAACUGGGGAAGACUUUAGACAUGGGAGAAAUGAAAGGUCUUAAACGCUGCUACACAUGUGAUGUCUGCAGUGUCACGCUGAAUUCAGUGGCGCAAUAUCAUGCACACCUGCAGGGCUCCAAGCACCAAAACAAAUGUGUUUUGUGCCUUGCAAGAAGAAGAUGGCUCCCUCAGCUGAGUCUGCUUCCUCUUAAGGUUUUCUUCCUACUGUACCAAAACAUCUUUAGCCUAAAAAAUCAGCUUUGUGUCCAGUGAGCCAUAGGAGAAGCACGGUGAUUGGAUUGAUGUCAUACAAGCUGUGAUCAGCUUGCCCUGGAUUGUCUGCCUCUAUUCUUUCCCCGCUCACUCUCUCUCUCUCCUUCCAUCUCACUUUGUUGUCUUACUCUCAACUUGACUAUAAAAGAAGAUUGAAGAUCCUCUUAAAGUCUGCCUUUAUCAUCCCCAAACUCUCUGGCUCUACCUCCCAGCCUCUUCUUCAUCAUGACUCAACACAGCCAUCAUGCCCUGACUCUCUGGAGGAGUGCCGGCUUCCUCCAGUGACACUCAUCUGGUAAUUCCCUCACCAGAAAUUUAUAUAUCUAAUCUCAGUCAGUUGAUGUGUGCAUGACUGAAUAUGGUAAUUGUGGUCACUUUCUAAGAUAAGCAAUAUCAAAAUAAAAAAUAAAAAAAAUCUCCCAAAUUAAUAGUUAAGAGAAGAAAAUUGUAACAAUAACUAACUUAAAAAGAGAAUGCAAUCUAUUGAAAAUGUUGUCCACAUUAAUUUUUUAUGUCUCAAGUUUUAUGUAUUAUGUAUUGUUUCUGUGUGCAAAAAAACAUUCUACUGGAAUAUACAGUAAAGGUUUUUUGGGCCUUACAGACAUUUGGGCAUUUGGGACAGGGUGCUACAAAAACACAAUUUACUUGAUGUUUUUGUUGAUGUAUGUACUAUAUGUGUGAUCUUUAAGUAGCUGUUUAGGGGUGUCUGAUGAAUGGGCAUUUGAGAUUAUUUGUAAAAGUGAACUCACAGCUAAUGCGAUCCUUUUCAAAUUUAUUGUCUGGUUUUUAAUAUUUAAAACUUUUUAUUUUUACGUAGGUUUGAAUGGGGUUACAUUCCAAAAAAAUUAUCAAAGAUGAAGCAGCUAUCCUUUCAUAUGGUUGUCUGUCACAUAUUUUACAAUAUGUUGUACAUGCAUUGUUUCCUUUUACAUGUGACUGUGAAAAUAAGUUAGAAGGUAAAAACAAAAUGACUGUAAUUGUUUGUCUUUAUAUAAUAUUCUUGUAUUUAAAAUUAUUAGUAGUUGCUCUUCAGAGGAUAUAUUAGAUCUAAUUAUUCAAUUGUCAUUGAGCUGCAAAACCAUGUAUGUUCUGAAGCAUUUACAUUUGCACUAAUUGCAUUUUUUUUUUUCUUUUUCAUUCUUUGACGUAUGACAAUGAUUCAUUUUUCUUUAAAAAAUAAAUGAAUGAAUUUAUGACUUUUUAUUUUACUCUUGAUAGAAAGAUGUCAAUGUUUAUUCCUUGGUACAGUACAAUCAAGAAAUAACAAAAUCGAUUAAAAUUAUUAGAAGAUAUGAAGAAACACUAUUGAUGAUCUCUAGAUCAAAAAGGAUGGAUUACUCAACCCAGCAUGGUACAGUGUAAUCUGUCAAUAUACAUAAAGAUUUUUAUAUUAACAAAUAUGAAUUCAGUGCACAAAUAAGUAUCACCUCUCUUUCACAAAGAUGGAAGAAUCCAUUUUAUGCAUAUGUUUCAUUGGAACUAGUGUGUGUUCCCUUUAAGAGAGCAGGUUCUUGUUCUCUUCCUUUGUGCUCUGGGUUAUGUGAUAGACUGUGUCUGAAACAAAA